CUCUACCGCGAUGGCGGCCCAGGGAGCAGCUGCGGCGGUUGCGGCGGCGACUUCGGGGGUCGCAGGGGAGAGCGAGCCCGGGCCGGGGGAGAAUGCUGCGGUCGAGGGGACUGCCCCAUCCCCGGGCCGCGUCUCCCCGCCCACGCCGGCGCGCGGCGAGCCAGAAGUCACGGUGGAGAUCGGAGAGACCUACCUGUGCCGGCGGCCGGAUAGCACCUGGCAUUCGGCCGAGGUGAUCCAGUCUCGAGUGAAUGACCAGGAGGGCCGAGAGGAAUUCUAUGUGCACUAUGUGGGCUUUAACCGGCGACUGGACGAAUGGGUGGACAAGAACCGGCUGGCGCUGACCAAGACAGUGAAGGAUGCCGUGCAGAAGAACUCAGAGAAGUACCUGAGUGAGCUGGCCGAGCAGCCUGAGCGCAAGAUCACUCGCAACCAAAAGCGGAAGCACGAUGAGAUCAACCACGUGCAGAAGACUUACGCAGAGAUGGACCCCACGACGGCAGCCUUGGAGAAGGAGCACGAGGCGAUCACCAAGGUGAAGUAUGUGGACAAGAUCCACAUCGGCAACUACGAAAUUGACGCCUGGUACUUCUCACCGUUCCCGGAGGACUAUGGGAAACAGCCCAAGCUCUGGCUCUGCGAGUACUGCCUCAAGUACAUGAAGUACGAGAAGAGCUACCGCUUCCAUCUGGGCCAGUGUCAGUGGCGGCAGCCCCCGGGGAAGGAGAUCUAUCGCAAGAGCAACAUCUCUGUGUAUGAGGUGGACGGCAAAGACCACAAGAUUUACUGUCAGAACCUGUGUCUGCUGGCCAAGCUGUUCCUGGACCACAAGACGUUGUACUUCGACGUGGAGCCCUUCGUCUUCUACAUCUUGACCGAGGUGGACAGGCAAGGGGCCCACAUCGUUGGCUACUUCUCUAAGGAGAAGGAGUCUCCAGACGGCAACAACGUGGCCUGCAUCCUGACCCUGCCCCCCUACCAGCGCCGCGGCUACGGGAAGUUCCUCAUCGCUUUCAGCUACGAGCUCUCCAAGCUGGAAAGCACAGUAGGCUCCCCGGAGAAGCCUCUGUCUGACCUGGGCAAACUCAGCUACCGCAGCUACUGGUCAUGGGUCCUGCUGGAGAUCCUGCGCGACUUCCGGGGCACGCUGUCCAUCAAGGACCUCAGCCAGAUGACCAGCAUCACCCAGACCGACAUCAUCAGUACCCUGCAGUCCCUCAACAUGGUCAAGUACUGGAAGGGCCAGCACGUGAUCUGUGUCACGCCCAAGCUGGUGGAGGAGCACCUCAAAAGUGCCCAGUAUAAGAAACCUCCCAUCACAGUGGACUCCGUCUGCCUCAAGUGGGCCCCUCCCAAGCACAAGCAAGUCAAACUCUCCAAGAAGUGAGCUGCCGGACCCACGCCCAGGCCCUGUAAAUAUGUACAGACCCUUCCCGUCACUUUUUCAAUAAAGCAAAUUCUGU